CAACCACAUCCGUCGUACAGGCAUUAUCAGGUAGAUCGUUGUGAAGUAAACGUCUUCGUCGAACGUACUAUUUCGUUUCGACGUCUAAAAAUGCGACAACUUUGCUCUUUUCUUUUCGUCCUGACGAUUUCCUUCGUCACUGCAGAAGUCUACUUCGAGGAAAAGUUCACUGAUGAUUCGUGGGAAAAGAAUUGGGUAUACUCUGAACAUCCAGGGAAAGAAUUUGGAAAGUUUGUCUUAAGUCAUGGGAAAUUUUGGAACGAUCCAGAAAAUGAUAAAGGUAUCCAAACUUCGCAAGAUGCUAGGUUUUAUGCUUUAAGCAAGAAAUUUACACCAUUCAGUAAUAAAGAUAAAGAUCUCGUUAUUCAAUUUACGGUUAAACAUGAGCAGAGUAUCGAUUGUGGAGGAGGAUACGUUAAAGUAUUCGAUUGCAAAUUGGAUCAAAAAGAUAUGCACGGAGAAACUCCUUAUGAGAUCAUGUUUGGACCUGAUAUUUGUGGAGCGGGUACAAAGAAAGUGCAUGUCAUCUUCAGUUACAAAGGAAAGAAUUUGUUGAUUAACAAAGAUAUCCGAUGCAAAGAUGAUGUCUAUACGCAUUUGUACACAUUAAUUGUUAAGCCUGACAAUACUUACAAGGUUCUCAUUGAUAAUGAAGAAGUAGAAUCUGGAGAAUUGGAAGCCGACUGGGAUUUCUUGCCACCAAAGAAAAUUAAGGAUCCAUCACAAAGCAAACCUGAAGAUUGGGAUGAUAAGCCUACUAUUCCAGAUCCUUCUGACACUAAACCAGAAGAUUGGGACAAACCUGAACAUAUACCUGACCCAGAGGCUACCAAGCCAAAAGAUUGGGACGAUGAAAUGGACGGAGAAUGGGAAGCUCCCAUGAUUGACAAUCCUGAAUAUAAAGGUGAAUGGAAGCCUAAACAAAUUGACAACCCCAAUUACGAAGGACCUUGGGUUCAUCCUGAAAUCGAUAAUCCAGAAUAUACCCCUGAUCCUUCAUUGUACCUAAGAAAUGAAAUAUGUAGUAUUGGAUUUGAUUUAUGGCAAGUCAAAUCUGGUACGAUCUUCGACAACGUCUUGAUCACAGAUGAUGUGGAGGUAGCUCGUAAAUUCGGUGAAGAAGUCUGGAAACCAACUAUUGAAGGUGAAAAGAAAAUGAAAGAAGCGUUAGAAGAAGAAGAAAGGAAACAGAGAGAAAAGGAAAGUAAAGAAUCUGAGGAUAACAAAGAUGAAGAUGAAGACGAAGAUGCCGAUGAGGAAGAAAAUAGCGUUCCAGAUGUAGAGGAACAUGAUGAGUUGUAAAUAUUUGUGUCAAUUGACGCAAAGAUAGACUGUAUUCCAGGAGCUGUGUAGCUGCGACACGCACUAACUCCCAUGGGCACAAAAUCAUUCUUAAAAAGAAAUUUUCUUAAUGCAACUAAUUGAGUGAUCUUCAAUAAUUUAUACUUCAUUCUAAUCAGACGAAACUUCCAUUACACCUUAGAACAUCGAAGGAUGAUUUUUGUGAUGACAUUAAAGUUGAAAAGCCUUUGGUCUCUAUUAAAUCGUGAAGUAUUUCGUUAAUUGUGCAAGUAGUCAGUGCUGUGUUGCCUAAGGUACACUGUACUUAAAAAAACUGUGAAAUAGAAAUUCGUAUAUUUGUCUCUCGUGUCCUUCAACGGCACAGCUCCAUAAAAGACACUAAGUUGUUCCGUUUUUGUUUGUCAAGUGUUUUUAUAUACAUUAAAAGUAAUUGAGAUGUAAUUUAACGAUGCUAUAUUAUAUAUAUAUACAUAUAUAUAUAUUAUUUCAUUUACGUACAGUGUACGCAUAAUAAAACUCGCUCCCUUUAAAGGUAAGAGUGUUGGGUGUGUGCAAACAUGACUGAAUGAUAUUUGGUAUGAUUAUGUAUCAAAAGCAACAACCAAUAACCAUGUAAUAAAAAACGAAUAAAUAAGACUUUUCUAGA